AUGUACCGCUCCACCAAGGGCGCCUCCAAGGCGCGCCGCGACCAGAUCAACGCUGAGAUCCGGAACCUCAAGGAGCUGCUGCCGCUGGCCGAAGCGGACAAGGUCCGGCUGUCCUACCUGCACAUUAUGAGUCUUGCCUGCAUCUACACUCGCAAGGGCGUCUUCUUCGCUGGAGGCACUCCUCUGGCGGGCUCCACAGGGCUUCUCUCAGCUCAAGAGCUUGAAGACAUAGUGGCAGCACUACCUGGAUUUCUGCUUGUGUUCACAGCAGAGGGGAAGCUGCUAUAUCUGUCUGAAAGUGUGAGCGAGCAUCUGGGCCACUCCAUGGUGGACCUGGUUGCCCAGGGUGACAGUAUCUACGACAUCAUUGAUCCAGCUGACCACCUAACUGUGCGCCAGCAACUCGCCCUGCCGUCUGCCCUGGAUACUGAUCGCCUCUUCCGCUGUCGCUUCAACACCUCCAAGUCCCUCAGGCGCCAGAGUGCAGGCAACAAACUGGUGCUUAUUCGAGGUCGAUUCCACGCUCACCCACCUGGGGCCUAUUGGGCAGGAAAUCCUGUGUUCACAGCUUUCUGCGCCCCACUGGAGACAAGACCCCGCCCUGGCCCUGGCCCUGGCCCUGGUCCUGGCCCAGCUUCACUCUUCCUGGCCAUGUUCCAGAGUCGUCAUGCUAAGGACCUGGCCCUUCUGGAUAUCUCAGAGAGUGUCCUAAUCUACCUGGGCUUUGAGCGCAGUGAGCUGCUCUGUAAGUCAUGGUAUGGACUGCUACACCCUGAGGACCUGGGCCACGCUUCUGCUCAACACUACCGCUUGUUGGCUGAAAGUGGAGAUAUUCAGGCAGAGAUGGUGGUGAGACUGCUGGCUAAGCCUGGAGGCUGGGCAUGGAUUUACUGCCUUUUAUAUUCAGAAGGUCCAGAGGGCCCCAUUACCGCCAAUAACUACCCAAUCAGUGACAUGGAGGCCUGGAGCCUCCGCCAGCAGUUGAACUCUGAAGAAACCCAGGCAGCCUAUGUCCUGGGCACCCCGACCAUGUUGUCCUCAUUCCCGGAGAACAUUCUCUCCCAGGAGCAGUGCUCCAGCCCUAAUCCGCUCUUCACCAUGGGGCCUCCCAGAAGCACCAGUUUCCCCAGUGUUCCUGAGCUACGUGCUGUCUCAACAUCAGAAGAGCUUCCCCGACCGCCCAAAGACCUUGGCUUCAGUUACCUGACAUUCCCGUCAGGCCCUCAGCCUUCUCUCCAAGCAGACCUGAGCAAGGACCUUGUGUGCACUCCGCCCUACACGCCCCACCAGCCAGGAGGCUGUGCCUUCCUCUUCAGCCUCCAUGAGCCCUUCCAGACCCACAUGCCCACUCCGUCCAGCUCUCUACAAGAACAGCUGACUCCAAGCACCGUGACCUUCUCUGAUCAGUUGACGCCCAACAGUGCAACUUUCCCAGAUCCACUGACUAGCCCACUACAAGGACAACUGACUGAAACCUCAGCCAGAAGCUAUGAAGAUCCUUGCACCUCCACCUUCCCAGACCAGCUGCUUCCCAGCACUGCCACCUUCCCAGAGCCUCUGAGCAGCCCUGCCCAGGAGCAGCUAACUUCUCCCAGCACAUCAUUCCAAGCACACCUGAACAGUCCCAGGCAAACUUUCCCAGAACAACUGAGCCCCAAUUCCAGCAAGACUUACUUCGCCCAGGAGGGAUGCAGUUUUCUCUAUGAGAAGUUGCCCCCAAGUCCUAGCAGCCCUGGUAAUGGGGAUUGCACACUCUUGGCCCUAGCCCAGCUCCGGGGUCCCCUCUCUGUGGAUGUCCCCCUGGUGCCCGAAGGCCUGCUUACACCCGAGGCCUCGCCAGUCAAGCAGAGUUUUUUCCACUAUUCUGAGAAGGAACAGAGUGAGAUAGACCGUCUCAUUCAGCAGAUCAGCCAGUUGGCUCAGGGCAUGGACCGACCCUUCUCAGCUGAGGCUGGCACGGGUGGGCUGGAACCACUCGGGGGGCUGGAGCCCCUGGACUCUAACCUUUCCCUGUCGGGGGCUGGUCCCCCUGUGCUCAGUCUGGAACUGAAACCCUGGAAAUGCCAGGAUCUGGAUUUCCUGACUGACCCUGAUCUGUUCCUGGAAGAGACGCCCGUGGAAGACAUCUUCAUGGAUCUCUCUACCCCAGACCCCAAUGGGGAAUGGGAGUCUGAGGAUCCCGAGGCAGCGGUCCCAAGAGGGGCCCCAUCGCCUUGCAACAACCUGUCCCCAGAAGACCGCAGCUUCCUGGAGGACCUGGCCACAUAUGAAACCGCCUUUGAGACAGGUGUCUCAGCAUUCCCCUAUGAUGGGUUUACUGAUGAGUUGCAUCAACUCCAGAGCCAAGUUCAAGACAGCUUCCAUAAAGAUGGAAGUGGAGGGGAACCAACGUUUUGA